CGGCACUGCCAUAAUCUGGCAUCCAUCGAUGAAAUGAGCCCACCAGACACAUCCAACACCACGAGCGAAGGGGAUUCUGGGGCAACCAAUCCCUGGUUGCAAUUCAACGAAAGCAUGGGUUUAUAUCCACCUGGUUUCCACAGUGACAUCACCAAGCAUCUUGGAGUCCAGAUCACCCUGAUAACAGCUUAUUCCCUCAUCAUUCUGCUGGGGCUGGUGGGGAACGCUCUUGUCAUUUACAUGAUUGUUCGUUACAGAAACAUGCGAACAGUGACCAACUUCUUCAUAGCUAACCUGGCUCUGGCAGACCUCCUGGUGGACACUCUCUGCUUGCCCUUCACUCUGGUUUACACUCUGCUAGAUGAGUGGAAGUUCGGGUCUGUGUUGUGCCAUAUGGUGCCGUUUGCCCAGGCCCUGAGUGUGCAUGUAUCCAUCCUGACCCUGACUGUCAUCGCUUUGGAGCGGUACCGCUGCAUCAUCUUUCACCUUGGCCGGCGCCUCACAUGGCACUCCAGCUUCCUCAUCAUGGCAUUCACCUGGACUAUGUCUGCUGUCCUGGCAGCACCCUUGGCCAUCUUCAGAGAGUACCGCCAAGAAGAGAUCCCUUCCAUCAACCUGCGUAUCGCUGUCUGCUCUGAGAAGUGGCCCCACGGGACCAGCAGGGAUGGAGUCAUCUACAGCCUCUCAAUGCUGCUCCUACAGUACAUUCUGCCUUUAGCCAUCAUCAGUUACACUUACAUCUGCAUCUGGGUCAAACUGAAGAAUCAUAUAAGCCCAUCCACCCGUAUCGACAGCAUCAACCGCCGCAAAAAGACCACCAAGAUGUUGGCGCUGGUGGUGGUGGUGUUUGCUACCUGCUGGCUGCCGUUCCAUGUGUUUCAACUGGCCAGCGACCUGGACCUGGUGCUCAGGUUUAAGGAGUACAAACUAAUAUACACAGUGUUCCAUAUCAUAGCUAUGUGUUCAACUUUUACCAACCCUCUCCUGUAUGGGUGGAUGAAUAAAAACUACAGGAAUGGCUUCCUCAUGGUCUUCCGGUGUGAGGACAGGCUAGAUUCCUUCCACCCCGAGGCCUCGUUCAGGACACGCUCUACAAGAAGGCUGACUCUGAACGGUCGUAAUGGCGGACAACCUCCGACUGCUGUAUGAGAUUGACACAAUUUAACAAGCCUGUAGGAUUUUACCGAACACAUUGAACGCACCUGUGGUUUGUCGUUCAAAAGUAGCCUUUGACUUAAAUGGCUUGAUCUUGAGUAUCUAAAUGUCACUAGAGAGAGGGCUCAAAGCUUUGCAUGCAAACCGCUUCAUGUAAGGCUCUCCUUUCCUUUGUAACUGGUAGCCUACUAGUAAAAAUGCAUUUGUCAAACAUAUUCAAAUAUGUGUUUAAGAUGUUCACUAGGCUGUUAAUUAACUCGGUACAAUGUAUAAUGUGUCUCCUGUAAAUGCAGAACUCUUGUUGGUAGGUAAAGUUCAAUUCAUUUUGCACUCCAUUACAUACAUCACCUGCAGGCUAUUCAUUUGUUCAUACUUGGAGAAAGAAGGUGAUUGUUAUGAUUGUAUAAACAAAUUUAAUUUUUCACACUUGUUUUUCUAUUUGUUGGCUGUUCAAAACAUUUGGCUGAUCUUUAUUUAAUCAUUCCAAACGCUGCGUUUUGGAUCAAUUCCAAUGUUGUUGCAGAGUAACAUUCAAUCCUCGCCUAAGGAAUCCAGAGGAGCCUAUUUUUGUCCAACCAGAAAGUUAAUUAUGUUCACCUGGCAACCAGCUGUUUCCGAUUAGAUGGGCCAGCAGCACAUCUGCCUCAAAAGGAAUGGGAUCAAUGUGAGACUUCUUGAUUUGUUCAUCAUAUAAUGUUGGCCGUUGCUUUAAGGAUAU